GAAGGAGAAGCCCGUCUCGGCUCCUGGGAAGUUCUCUCUCUCUCUCUCUCUACGAACUUUCCCUUCUCUCUCUAACCGCAAAUAAGAAGAGCGUCUCCGUGUGUUUUUUAGUAGGAAGAACAUCUUCCUCUCCGCCAUUACCAAGGGUUUAACUCUCUAUCUCUCUCUCUCUCUAGAAUAUGAAUAUCGUCUAGUGAGAAUACCUUUCUCUUCUCUCUCCCUGUAUUGCUCGAUCGUUGUGGUUUUCAAUAGUUUAUGGUAGCGGAGUCAGAUUCCAUGUCUGUGAAAAUUUGAAUGUCAGAGUUAUUAUAGGCGGAAUUUUCCUUCUGGUCUGAAACCCCAUUAAUAUGGUCUGGGAAGUGUGGCUAUGGCUAAUUUGCUUCUUCAUAUCCAUAUCUCUUCUCGGUGUGUUGGUGUAUCAGCUUAUUUGCUUAUCGGAUUUGGAAUAUGACUAUAUCAACCCAUACGAUUCUUCAUCUCGUAUAAAUGCAAUAAUCAUGCCAGAGUUUGUGACUCAAGGGGUGCUAUCUGCACUUUUUCUUUUAACAUGGCAUUGGUUUAUGUUUUUGUUAAUGGCACCGGUGACUUACUAUCAUAUAAAAUUGUAUUUGGCGAGGAGGCACUUGGUUGAUGUGACAGAGAUCUUUAGAUUGCUGAAUGGUGAGAAGAAGUAUCGAAUGGUGAAGCUUGCUUUUUAUCUUACUCUCUUUUUUGUUGUCAUGUUCAGGUUGGUGGGAGCAGCUGUUACUGCAAUUCUCGAUGAGGAUGAUGGUUUACAAUCUGAACUAUUUAAAUGAUGGCUGUUCCUGAUCAAAUGGCUCUUGCUUCAGGUUAAAAUAAUAUUCCUGAUGCAACAUUUCGCUCCUACAAAUCUUUUUAAACCGGUGCUUUUUAUAGAGUUCCUUUAGACACCGAAACAGUAUUCCUAUUUUUCUUUCAUUCUCUUUCUGCAUGUGUGAUAGAGAGAGUAUUCAGAGUUGGCUUCUGUGCAAGAGAGUACACUCUUGUGGUUAGGAUAGAGAGGGAUAGAGAGUUGAUAUUCUUGGUUGGCUUGUAUAAGAGACGAGUAAAUUCUUGGUUGGCUUACACUUUAUGUUGCUGCAAAUGAAAAUGAAUCUUCAUUACUUUUCAAAAUGCAUAUCAGCAUUGUAGGAUUUUCACAAAGAUUAAAAACAUGCACAAAUGUCUUCCUUUCUUCACAACAUCCACCCCCUCCUUUCUCUCUCCACUUAUUCAUCCAUCCCCAAUUCUCUCUGUGAGUGCAUGUUUAGCUUUUUGGAGGAUCAUUUCCUGAGGCCCAUAUGGCUUUCUGGAGACUCAAAUCUUGGAAAUGAUUUGUUUUUCGUCGGUGAAUCUUCUGGGAGAUAUGUUUUUUGGAGAACAGGUAAAGGAAUAAUAUUUGGAUGCAACUUUGGAUUUGUAUUUUUGCUGUUCGAGUGAUCUGUAAGAUAUAUUGCCUGAAAUUUCAUUCUAUUCAAGACAUGAGCUUUGUAAUUUCAUUCUAUUAUGUAAAACUUGCAAAAUUUAGUUGCACGAAAUCAAAAGCCAAUACUAGCAAA